AUGGUCGAUGAUGACGACACGAUGGCGAAAACUAAGUGCAUCCAUCCAAGCUGCAAAGAGAUGUUCUACCACAAGACGAAAAUGCUGCAGCAUCUUGAAGAGGAACACGGUGUAGGUUGUGAGAAAAGUGCGCACAAUUUCAAGACAUUUGCUGAGUUCCUAGAGUGGAAGGAGAAAGAGGAGAUCACGAACUUCGUGUAUUUCAGCAAACAAAAAGGCGUCAGCGUUGGAAAGAAUACGGAGUAUUCCUACUAUAUUUGUCAGCUGGAUGGGAGUGAAAAACCACACAGGGCCAAAGACGAACCAAGCCGCAAAAAUGACAGACGGAACAAAAAGGGUCAAGUAAAAGACAGCACCACGUGUCCGGCACGAAUGCUUGUUCACAAAAGUUUGGAGACCGGCGAAGUUGAUGUCAACUAUAUUCAUACUCAUAGCCACGUGCCUUCUUUUCAUGAUACUCAACAUCACCCUAUUCCGAAAUCCGUCCAAGAGCAAAUCAAGGGGAAAUUGGCUUUGAACAUCCCGGUUACACAGAUCAUACGAGAUUUGCGUGACGGCCUCGGAGAGCGUAACAAUCGUGAUGACAUUGUGGUGGGGCAAUUAAGGGCGUACCAGUUCAUAAGCAAAAGGGUCAUGCGCGAAAUGCACCGUAAGAUGAACGUGAAAGCAAGACUCCACCCCCAUGACAACAUGUUCGUAUAUCUCCGUGUGUCGAUGUUGGAGCAGGAGAAUUUCAAUCCAAUCGUAUUGUACAAACCGCUUGGAAGUGAAGUAGUAGUCGGCGAUGCAGAAAUCGAUGAACUCCCCCACGCAAAAGAUCUGUUUGCUGUUGGUAUACAAACCAGAGAACAGUUAAAGAUGAUGAACAAUCGUGAGAUUCUGUGUGUGGAUGCCACUUAUGGGACUAAUCAAUAUAAGUAUGGGUUGCUGAAUCUGAUCGUCCCAGAUGAAUUUGGUAUCGGAUACCCCAUUGUCCACCUGAACACAAGCCAUCAGGAUGAAAAGACGUUGUAUUACUUCUUCCUGGAAAUGAAGAAACGUUGCCCGGACAUGAAGAGUGCAGUUAUAAUGUCGGACGAUGAUUAUAGCGCCCCCAACGCGAUCAAGGCUGUGUUCGGGGAAGACAUAAGGCACAUCCUCUGUAAAUGGCACCUGCAUCGCGCUUGGCAGCGGAGGCUUCGACAGGACAUCAGAGACGAAACCACCAUUAACGAAAUUUACGGCUGUCUUGUUGUCAUCCUUGAGGAAAAAAGUACAAAAAAGUUUCACGAACUGGUGCUUCAAGGAAAGGUACACUCCCAAAUAUGA